AGGGAGCUGCUGGAGUCAGUUGACAUCGACUUGCGAGGCGCGCCGCCGGAGGCGACACGCAUACGUUUGGUCGUUUUCCACGUACGUCGACAAAGGAUAAUAAUGUAACUAUACAGUUUAUUAAACUAAAUUUCGUUGCAAGCAUGCUAGAUUUACGGUUUUAUCGUUGGAUCUUCUUUACUCGGUGUUCCGUCAUGUAAUUGAAACUGCCAGCUGGAUUAUUUUCACUACGCUAUACGCUGGCCAGAAUUAAGUUAAUUAAUCUUUCCAGAGGCGUCAAAUCUCGCGAACUUCAUUUGAGGCAGUUUGUAAAUUACUUAAUCGCAGUGAAAACGAAGUAAAACCGUCGUUUAAAUGAUUGCAAUGGCCAGUUACCUAGACUGUGCCUAGCCAACCGAAGCUUGCUGCGCCCAAGCCGGGCGAAGAUUGACGCUGCUCGGUGUCAUCCAAGUGAAGUGGAUCGAGUUUACUAUUCGACAAUGCUUGGAAUAAUGUCCGAACACCAAGAUUCAUUACUGAAGUGUAAAGCCGAGGCUCUGCCAUCAGAGAGAAAAAAGAGGACAGUGGAGGACUUCAACAAAUUUUGCAGUUUUGUCCUUGCAUAUGCAGGUUACAUCCCAUCACCAAAGGAGGAAAGACCAUGGUCACCAGGAUCCUCCAAUUCUCCAAACAGCUCUGGUGCUUCAGGUGAAAACAGCGUUUUAGGUGGCGCAAGUUCUACCGUGGGCGCCAGCUGGAGUCAUGGGUCUUCAGACAUGCAUACCAUUCACACUUUUGUUCGUAAGGCUCGUGCCAAUAAGAGUAACAAGAGCAUGCGUCGAUUAUCUUCUGACAGUAACCUGAUUGACAAGAUGUGUUUAAAAGACUCUUUCUAUGAGGGCGAGGUGGCCAGCAAAGCGGAACGCAAAAAGGACAAAAAACUCAAGCGCCAUUCUUUAGGUUCUGGUACUGGCGACAGCAGCAGCAGCGGUGGGGAGAAACGUGCAAGGAUCAAACGCAGUAAAAACCCCAAACAGUCCAAAGCCCAUAAGAAGCUUAAGAGCUCCGCCCACAGUGAGACAGACUCUGAGACCGGUCUCGGCCGUGGAGACGAGCACUUGGGCUGGGGAGCCGGGUCUGAGCGCAGACUACAGGCCCAGGGUACGACACUGGUGAAAGUAGAAAAGGAGGAGGAGGCCACCAGAGAGGCUGAUAUGAGCUCCAGUGAAGGAGAGACUUGGAUAGCGGAUGAAGACAUUAUGGUGGAGUCAGGUGAUGAUUCGUGGGACUUGAUCACCUGUUACUGUGGUAAACCUUUUGCAGGGCGGCCCAUGAUUGAAUGUAGUCAGUGCAGUAUCUGGGUGCAUCUCUCUUGCGCCAAAAUUAAGAAAUCUAAUGUGCCCGACAUAUUUAACUGCCACAAAUGCAGAGACACUCGACGGUCGGGUCAUAAAAAAGACACUUAGAGGAGGGUGUUCAUUCCCUUAAAGGUUUGAAUGUUCCCAAUUCUCUAAUUUUGUUUCCAGAGCAAUUUUGGUUUCCAUUUUUAUGUUUUUUUGUUUGUUUUUUUGCAGCUUUUACAACUAUUUGAUUCCCUGCUCUUAGGAUUAACAACUGCAUAAAUGUUUUGCAAUCACCAAUGUAGGGAGAGUCCACUAAGAAAUCUCAAGUGAUUUCAGUUGGUCACGUAACUCCAGAGUUGAUAAAUGACUAUAAGUAGUCUCUGUUCUCUCUGGCUCAAAUGCGACAGUUCAUUUGUCAGAAAUCCAAGUUUCAGUGAUGUUAUUAUUAGAGCUGAUGUUGAUAAAUCAACUAUUUUUCAACUGCGGAAAAUAUUAAUGGUCACACAGCCAUAUUACAGAGAUUAAACUAAAACUAUUGUUUAUUUAAUUAUAUUUCAAACAAUCUUCAACUAUAAUAGAUGUUGAAAAUUAUGAAAGGAUAUUUAAAAAGAUUUGUGUAGGGAUGCACCGAAUAUUUGGCAACUGAAACCAUUUGGCUGAAAAUAGCAUAAAAAAGCAUUUAAGAUGUUUUGCCAAAUAAGUUAAAAAGUUUAACAAACAAUAUCGUUUAUGAUUAAGCUGGUUGCUGUUUCAUCGUAUCAAGUGAGAGGCAUACAUGCUUUAUAAAUGCAGCAAACAUGUUGGGCAGUGUGAAAACAUUUUAAAGUGUCUGAAAAGAGGCUUUUUGGCUAUUUAUUUGGCCAAAUAAGUUAGGUUGCUUGGCAUUCGCUGUAUCGCUAGUUUGGCAUACUAUAGUAAAAAAUGAAGAAUGCUUUAUUUCUUAGUGGACUGUCUAGUUAACCAUUUUUCAUUUUCACAUGUUUUUGUCUGAAGGUAAACAUAAGUUUGAAUGCUAUUCACUAUAUGCAAGUAUAAAAAGACAAUACGUCUAAUACACCAUUAUAAUUGAGGUUUUAACUUGUUAUGUGAAAAAUCACUACCGGUCAUACACAUUAAAUCCUCAAAUAAAAUAUAAAAACUUUUAUAACUCUCAGCUACGUGUUGCAUUUGAGCAGAGAAUCUAUUCAGUUGUAACUGUUGAAUUUUUUUCUGAAUCUACUGGUAAUGUACUGAAUAUUAAUUCACAUUGUCCGAGAAGCAGUCUUAAAUUACUUGCACUAUAUAUAUUCUGAAAUUUUGUUUUGGAUGUUUUAAGUUGACCUUGAGAAGAUUUCAGAUUUUCCUUUCGGUUGUAAGAUGCUCAAGUGAAGGCUAGAUUUAUGAGCUGUGAUUGGUCCCCAAAUUGUAAUUAUUGCUUUCAAGAAGUGUUGUAAACUCUGGGAACUGAAAGAUUACUCAUGCUACAAGCUCUUUCAUUUGAAUAAGUUUGGAAACUAUUGUUUGAGUUUUUCUUUGUGGUUUAUUUGUACAGCAACAGAGAUUGGAAGUCCCCAAAAGCCAGAUCUCUCUUGCUAAAUGUUUCAUUCUGUAAAUAUCACAGAGUUCGAAAAGUGUACAUAUGUGAAAGUGAAGAGAAAAGCAAAGCAAAGCAAAGCAAAUGGUAUAUUUUUUUGCAUCUGAUAUUGUUUUCUUUAACUACCUGUAGAAAUAAAAGUUUUCUUUAAUGGGC